UCACUCCUGCUAGACAAAGCUUUAACUUCAGAAUUUCUGGAGCGCUCCACUUGUCUGCCUACUCCCACUCUGAACAGUGCACAAGGACUGAAUGGGAGGCAGAGAGAUUCCCUCUAUUUUGCUUGCUGGUUGCUUCCACACAGACAAACCGAUUGCUUCCUCUGCUUCCUCAUAACAAGCUGGAAUCAUUAACUGGUGUUUUCACAGAUGCUGGAUGCUUGUGAACUUUCUUCUUUUUAACCGGUCCUAGUUUAGCAGAAGGAAUACGCUCCUGAGGAUUCUGCAACGGCGGUGGUGGAAGACCCGAUGCUGCAAUUUGUUUGAAAGCAAAAUACUUCCAGGUGGGAGAAAGAAGGAGUUGACAUAAUCCCACCCAUACCCGGAAUACAGUUUUGCCUUAAAGGAACGGGAAGUUUCCCAAAGGAAAGGCGAAGAAUAAUCAUCCUCUGGACACUCUGCCCUCCGAGGAUUACGCACAUGGUGCACCGCUUGAGACCGACCUUAAAUUUGCUGCCCCCCCCCCCCCCUUUUGCAACAACACCGGUUGACUUUCAAUAUGUGAAUGGCUCUUUCCACGGAGACUUAGGCAUUACUGCUCCCCACCACACCGCAGAGAAAGGCUUUCCAAACGGGCAGCAGAGCUAAUUCAAGCUGCAGCUGUGGGAAAACUACAAAGGGGAUCUCAAUGUGUCGAUGUUUUAAUACAAGGUGAAGAGUCAAAGGCAGCAGAGUACAACUUCCCAAGGAGUGGCGAAAAGUUCGAUUGUCUGGAAGCGAAGAAGAGUUUUUAAAAAAUAUAUAUAUAUAUAUAGAUAUAUAUACACGCUGAUCUGGCAAUUGUCAAUCUUUCUGGCAUGUUCACUGAAAGGCUGGGGACAAGUCAAGUGGACAAGAACGUAAAUCUGGAUCGGCUGUGUAAACACCAAGACAGAAGGAAAUAGCUGCUGUACUGUUGGGAGUUAAACCGGAGCGCCAUUCAGGAAGAAAGGAGAUACUACCUGGAAAUGUUAAACCCAUGUUCCAAGAUUAUUUUGGCAAACACGGGAUUUUCUGGGACGCACUGAACGUGGUUUUAAACGGUUGAAAGAAAGCCUUGUCGAUCAGGAAUAUCCUUCAACAUGGCCAGCAAGAUGUGGAGUUGGUUUGCCUGGGUUGUCCUGGGAUUGUCUCUGGCGCCCAUGACGCAGUCGGUCACUGCGGGGUCGUGUCCCUCGGCAUGUCGCUGUGAUCGAGGCUUCGUCUACUGCAAUGACAGAGGCCUGACGUCCAUCCCGACCGGAAUUCCCGAGGACUCUACAACCCUUUUCCUGCAGAACAAUCACAUUAAGAACGCUGGGAUUCCGAGAGAACUCUUGAAAUUACUGAAGGUGGAGACCAUUUACUUGUACAGAAAUAAUCUGGAUGAAUUUCCCACCAACAUACCCAAAUCUACUAAAGAACUCCAUUUGCAGGAAAACAACAUAAGGGCAAUCUCUUUGGAUUCACUUUCCAAAAUACCCUACUUGGAAAAGCUACAUUUGGAUGAUAAUUCGGUAUCUGCUGUUAGUAUUGAAGAAGGCGCCUUUCGAGAUAGUAACUAUCUCAGAUUGAUUUUUUUGUCAAGGAAUCACCUCAGCAGUAUUCCCGUUGGUCUCCCCAACACGAUUGAAGAGCUGCGGCUGGAUGAUAAUCGUAUCGCCACUAUUUCGGAGGACGCUCUGAUGCAGCUCGGCGGCCUGAAGCGUUUGGUGUUGGACGGGAACUUGCUGAGCAAUCAGGGGCUCCACGAUAAGGUGUUCAACAACCUGGAGAACCUUGCCGAGCUGUCGCUGGUGCGCAACGUCCUCACGUCUCCCCCGGCUCUGCCCAUAACCGGCUUGCAGAAGCUCCACCUUCAGGAGAAUCACAUCAGUUCCAUCCCCUCCAAUGCCUUUUCCCAUCUCAGACAGUUGCACCGGUUGGACUUGUCCAACAAUAAUCUGACCCACUUGCCUCAGGGAAUCUUUGACAAUCUGAACAACCUGACCCAGUUGUUGCUCCGUAACAACCCCUGGUACUGCGGCUGCAACAUGAGAUGGGUGCGGGACUGGUUGCGGUCGCUGCCCGCCGGGGUCAACGCCCGCGGGCUGAUGUGCCAGUCGCCCGACAAGGUCCGAGGCAUGGCUAUCAAGGACCUGGCCGCCGCCAUGUUUGACUGCGAGAACGCCGCCUCGGACACCGACCUCGCCUCAACCUCCCGCCCCCUGGCGACCUCCGUCCAAUCGCCGGCCACGCAGGGGCAAUGGCCCUCGUUCGAGACCAAGCAGCCGGGUGGGAAAAAGAGGGAGCGCGGCCACAACUUCUGGCCCACCGCGCCGGCGGCCCCCGGGAGCGCGGCCGUCCGGCUCAGUGUGAAAUCGGUGAGCGUGGAUACCAUUCACAUUGCCUGGAAGACGUUCCUGCCGAUGACGGCCCUUAGGCUGAGCUGGCUGAAGUUGGGGCACAACCCAGCGCUGGGAUCUAUCACUGAGACCAUCGUGCACAGCGAGAGAAGCGAGUACCUCCUCACAGCCCUCGAGCCAGAGUCCCUCUAUCGCAUCUGUAUGGUUCCCAUGGAAACCAGCAACGUGUACCUGUUGGACGAGGGCCCGGUGUGCACCGAGACGGAGACGGCCUCGCGCAAGGCCCACCGUCCGACCACCACGCUCAACCGGGAGCAGGAGAAGGAACUGUACAGAAACACCAGCCUGACCCUGGCGGGCAUCAUCGGGGGUGCAGUGGCACUUGUGGCCAUCGCUCUACUGGCCAUGGUCUGCUGCUACCUGCACAGAACUGGCACCCCUCUCUCCAAGAGCUGCGUGUACAACCGCGGGCGGAGGAGGAAGGACGACGAUUACGCCGAGGCCGGCACCAAGAAGGACAACUCCAUUUUGGAAAUUCGGGAAACUGCAUUUCAGAUGAUCCCCAUGAACAGCGAGCAGGUGGCGAAGGAAGAGUUCCUCAUACACACGAUAUUCCCGCCCAACGGGAUGAGUUUGUACAAAAACAACCAUAGUGAAAGCAGCAGUAGCAACAGAAGUUACAGAGACAGUGGAAUACCAGAUUCAGAUCAUUCACACUCAUGAUAAUUGCAGAACAGUCGACCGAAAGUGACUACAGAAAUGGCUGUAUUCCUUGGCAACACUGGAUUUGUGAAUAGUGGAGUCGACAUGACUGCACAUCUGCCAUAUAAUUUAUAUUUAAAUGAACUUUGUACCAAUAAAGUUGCAGUAUCCAGGUGAUUAUUGCUAAACUGUGCAGUACAGAUGCCCGACCACCAAUUGCAAUUCUAUAUUUUAGUAAUCUCUAGGUCAUUUGUAUUUUUUUCUUUGACAAUCUUAAAGGAUUUAAGAGAAUUUAAAUUUCGUGUUCUACGGAUGGAAGAUUGCUCGUCCGCUGUGAAGAUGGUUUUCUUACAAGUGCUGAACAUUCAGAGAUCUUUUUAAAGUGUAUUUGAGAACCUUGUAGUGUAAGCACAGGUCCUUUUACUGGCUACUGAUGGGUUGGUAUCCCGCAGACGAAUAGUACACUUGAAGACAAUUUAAAUUCAGGAGUUAAGUGGAAACUAUGUACCGUAGUUCAUGCCUGAAUAUGUUGCACAGAAAUAACUUAAUACCAGAAAUAUGAUAGUGAUUGUAACACAUCAUUCCAGCUUAUGGUAUACGUUAUUUGUUAUUACGUUUAGAUUUGGAGCCACAGACUUCUUUAUUGCCACAAGAAAAGGUACUUUUUGAAAAAAUAAAAUGAAACCAAAGUGCAUUGUUAGCCCUUUGGCCCGUCUUGUAUGUGCCUUGACCAAAUGUUAAUUGUAUUCAGCAUUUUAAAAUACGGUAACUUUUUUUUCUCUCCAUACCUGUCAAUGAGAAAAAAGUGGUCUUUCUGCAGAAUAAAAUUGAACAAAAUUUAA